AUGCAUCCACGAAUUAGUCCUAAGAAGAUUGAUGCACGACGCAGACGAAAGGCAAUUGAGGAUGCCAUUUUAGCAUUGUCAAAUCUAACUGUUGCUCCUCCGCUUAAUCAAGGGCAAUUAGACUUUGACCGUUUUGAUCAUCACAGACCACCUAUCUAUGAAGGAACCGCUGACCCAAUGGUUCUAGAAAGUUGGCUUAGAGAGAUGGAAAAGUUUUUCACUGCAACUAACUGUCCUCCGCAAGAGAGGGUGACAAUCGGUUCCUAUUAUUUGAAAAUGGAAGCCGAUAGCUGGUGGAGUACAGUUCGUGAAGAGUGCAUGGCAGUGCCUUGUUUUGGGUGGAAAAAAUUUCCUACCAAGCUAAAGGAAAUAUUUUAUCCUGAUGAGCUUCGUUGGCAAAAGCAAGAAGAUAAGUUCACUAAGUUGUCCCGUUUUUCCACCAUUAUUUUGCCUUCAAAAUCUAAGAGGGUAAAACAGUACAUCAAGAAGAUGGAUCCUAAGGUUAGGACCAUUGUCCUAAGUUCUGGCGCAAGUUCAUUUCAGGGUGCCUAUGAGAUUGCACUUAGAAUCCAUGCCUCCAUCCGAGAAAAGGAAGCUGCAAGGAGCGUGAAUGCGAAGAAGCCGGGAUCAGGUUCUAUUUCGAGUUUCAAAUCGAGUUCCAACUGUAAGUGUCGUACAUGUGAAAAAGACUAUCAUCUAGGAAAGUAUUGUGACGGAUCUACAAUUGUCGAUCUGUUACAAUUGGAAGGUGGUGGGUCGGCUGAAGCAGACAUGCAACCGGAUGUGAUCUCAGGUACAUUCUUUGUUAAUUCUGUACCUGCUUAUGUGUUGUUUGAUACUGGAGCUACUGUGUCUUUCAUUGCAUGUGAUUUUGUUCUAAAAGCUAAUUUGACUACUAGAUCACUUGUAAAGUCUUUAAUAUCUCUCCCUUCCAGAGAGAAUUUUCCGUGCCAUAAUGAGUUUAAAGAUGAGCAUAUCGAUAUCUUGGGAACUAAGCUUCUUGCUAAUUAG